AUGUGGCAACUUCUCCUUGCCGCAGCUUUAGCAGGAUCUGCUACUUUCGUUGCUAAGCAUUUUCUUGCUCAGGAACGCCCUAAAGAGGAAGAAAAUCCUUUUGAAGAUUCGAUUGCUUCUGCAUUUCAAUCUCCUCUAUUUCCUAACCAUGGUAAUGGGUACGGAUACGACAGUAAUUUCCAGCAACCACCUGAUGGGAUCUUUAGGUUCUCGAGUUCUGCUUCUGCUUCUUCGCCAAGUGGUAAGAAAACUAGGAUUUCGAGGAAGAAAUCGGGCAUCACGGGUCGUCGAUUGAAUUUUGGUGCGGAAAAUUAUAAGGCUGAUAAAAGAUCUGGUGGUUCCGAGAAGCAUUUUCUUGCUCAGGAAUGCCCUAAAGAGGAAGAAAAUCCUUUUGAAGAUUCGAUUGCUUCUGCAUUUCAAUCUCCUCUAUUUCCUAACCAUGGUAGUGGGUGCGGAUACGACAGUAAUUUCCAGCAACCACCUGAUUGGAUCUUUAGGUUCUCGAGUUCUGCUUCUGCUUCUUCGCCAAGUGGUAAGAAAACUAGGAUUUCGAGGAAGAAAUCGGGCAUCACGGGUCGCAGAUUGAAUUUUGGUGCGGAAAAUUAUAAGGCUGAUAAAAGAUCUGGUGGUUCCGAGAAGAGUGCAAGGCGCCGAUUGAAUUUUGGUGCGGAAGAUGAUAAAAGAUCUGGUGGUUCCGAGAAGAGUGCAAGGCGAUUUGCUGUUUGCUUGAAGAAGAGGAGAACUGCCAAGAGUGUGCCUUCCAAGUGUGGAUCCCGUUCUUCUAAAGAUAGCUCUUUGUUUGGUUGUGGACUUGGCAUUGGAAUCAUGUACAUGAUGUCAGCCGAGAAAGCUGAGAUCAGUAAGCUAAGCAAUGCCAUGGAUGAGAUUGCAAAAACUGUUAAAGAAUUAAGAACUGAACUGUAUAAAAGAAGGUCAGCCAAAGUUGCUGCUAUCUCAAAAGAUUUAAGCAGUAAUAAUGAACUAGAGUUUUAUAGAGCAGGUACAGGGCACAAUAAUGACCCCAAAGUUAUCAAAGUUUCUGGGAUCCCAAUGAUUGAUGAUGUUGAAUGCCCAAGUAGUGGUCUUAUAGAAGAGCCAGAGCCGCAGCUGCUGGAAAUGGAUCAACUGGAAGCAGAGCUUGCAUCUGAACUACAAAAACUUCCAUGGUCCUAUCCUGAAGCUUCUGGUCAUGAAGGAGUUGAACCAAAUAUGGAUAAGAAUGAGACUUUUUCUGGUGGGCUUCACAAACUGGAGGGUCAGAGCAAUAUUUCCUUCCAAUGCCAUGGAGUAUUGCCAUCUGAACUGGAUCAGAAACUGUCCUAUUUGCUCAUCGAACAGCUGGAAAAUCAAAUUGAGGAGCUAGAAUCUGAAUUGCAUUCUGUCCAGUCCAAACUCCAUGAGAAGGAAGCUGAACUGGACUGCGUAAAACUAACUCGUGACUGAAAUCUUCCCAUCAACUGUAUCAGGCAAGUUUUUUCUGCCUCCAUCCACUAAAGGUUGUAUGUUUAUGAGUUAUAAUAUUUUUGGAAGAAAGGAACAACUCAACUAUUGGUGUUUGCAUGAGUUGGGGUUACCAUACGCUAACAAAAAGCCUUGUCAUGUGAAAUGUCUCUCUCUAAACCUGAGUAUUGUUUUACAGAUGAUGAAGAUGUGACAUUUGCUGAGCAAGAGUAUGUGAUAACAAAUGCAGGAUUACCUACUGCAAAUCAAAGUUUCAGUUGAAGGAAUGUGAUUAUCAGAAGGCAAGAGACUAUUUAAUAAAAACUUAAGCAAAAGCAAAGUCCUAGAUGAAGAUAUAAUGAUCCAGUGUUUCAAUUGUAGGAUCAAAGAAUUUAAUGAUUUUACAAAACUUUUAAUUGAAAUUAGAAGAUAAUAAAGUUAUUAAAUAAUUUUGUAUUCAGAUAUAAUAAUUCUCACAUA